AUGAGCUCAUUAUUAGCUAUUUUAGUCGUAGUUAAUUCUACAAGAGGACACCAUUAUCUGUUCAGUUACCCACAGAACCCUAAGCGAUCGUCUUCUUUCACGACAACCGCUUGUGGCGGUAACAGUAACGUCAGUCAAUACACUUUUGUCAAUGACUUCGCCAUUGGGUCUUCCAUGACUGCGAAACUAUUGAUGCAAGAGUCUGAAGAACAACAAAGACGCGCCUCUAUUGUUAGUGGUAGAAAUGAAAUCGUUGCCAACAACACAGGAAAGGAACAGGGAGCCUCAACAGGUUCACGUGCUGACAACAACAAUAGUAACAGCAGCAACAACAACAACAACAACAACAACAACAACAACAGCAGCAGCAGCAGCAGCAAAGAUACUGCUACAGGACAUUUACUCAAAGAGCAGCAACAACAACAGCAAGAAAAGAAUGAAGAAAAACAGUACUGCCAAGAACAGGAUCGUUUUGCUGGACGAGAUUCGAUUUUUGAUAUGGAUGUGUCCUUUUUGGCAGAUACUUUGGCACCCAAAGCACCCUUAUGUGAUCGAAAAUUUCAAUUGAGUAUUGACGAUUUGACAUUUGUUGGACAUCCUGUAAGCCUUACUUCCCAACAUCAUCCAUCAUCUUCUGAUACACCGACAAAUCAGCAACAGAAUCAUCAUCAUUAUGAUGUGAAUUCCCCUUUAACAUCGCCUACUUCUCCUUCUCAGCCAUUGACAAAAGUGGUAUCGACACCUUUACUCACAUCCUCUCAAUACGCGUCGCCUCAGUUGCAAAUGAAAACGCCUUCUACACGUAGUGUCAGGGACAACAGCCACAGUCUAAACAAUAGUGAUGACGACGACGACGUGGACGGAAAUGAGAGCAACGAUUCUAGUUAUGUCAAAAGCAGAAACGAUGAGCAGAAAAGUACUGCUCAAGAAAAUGAUCAUAGUAGCGAUGAUACAGAUAGCGAUGACAGCGAUCUUGAUCAUACGAAGCAAGAUGAACGAAAUAAAAAAUUGAAUGGGCCAACCUCUGCUUCGACACAUAUGACAUUAUUUCAUGUUGUAUUCGUCGUGUCACCUCCUGACCUAGAGCUUACUUCUCAAGUGAAUACUCUUUAUACACAUGUUAUUUCCAAGUAUGCUUCUGCCUUAAGAUAUGAACAGCUACGUUGCGGAUAUGUUCAAGAAGAAGUAGAAAAGAUUCUAAUUUUGAAGGAAGAAACCUUCAAUAAAGGUACGCCGUAUGACCAAGUGAUGGAACAAAUACUUUCCGAAUCCUCUUUGGCCAAAGAUAUCAAACAGAUCUACACUGCCAUUUCCACCAACACGGCAGCACAUAUCAUUGUCAACGACUUUAUUGAUGUCUCAUUGCAGAUACCGAUCAAUUCGAUUACAAAGUCCACCAAUGCAUUGAAUCACAGUAGCAGUCAUGAGUACAACCACUUUUAUUACAACGGCUGCACCAAUGAUGUCCCGAUACAACACCCCAUUUACUACUCCAGCGGCGAUACCACACAUUCGCUCAUGGAUAUUUACAGUGUCUCCGGGUACGAAUACGACCAGUUUCCUGUCAUUGCGCCCUAUCAUACUCUUCUCCUGCUCGAAGAUCCGGAAGAAGUGUUGAAAAACAUGCCUUUGGAUGCAUCUCCCACACUGGUGCAAUUGGUCCAAAUACUGACGCCUACACAGAGCCUUCAGGAGCUCCAUUUACUCCUCGACUGUUCCUUGGCUCAAAUCUACCGUUUAGCUGCCCAUUUGAUUUAUUGGCGUAAAGCAAAAUUGAUUCACACCAUCAGUCCGCGUAAUAUCUAUGUCGUAUCACCCACUGCUACUUUUGAUGCUGCCCUGGAAGCUGAUUUUAAAUCACAUAUACCCAAUCUUAGUUUACCUGUCAUUCUAUCUAAAUUGUCCGGUACCCUGCAUCAUAGUUCGUCGACAUCAACGGCAGGAACCGCAACGGCAACAGAAACGGCAGGUACAGGAACAUCGACAUCGGCCUAUACCUCCAUCUCCACCACGCAGCCAAAACCUUAUCAUACCGUCUACAAUCAAGUAAAAGAAUUGAAAAAUCAAUACCUGGAAGCGAUCACCUAUUUGAUCCGAAAAGAUUUAGUGGUUCAACUACAUAUGUAUUUAGUACUUUUACUACCCCUUGCCUUGUUACAACAGCAAAAGCAUACCAUGGCGCAGGCCACGACGACAACGACGACUCAUUUACCUACUCAUACGGGUGCUACCCAUAGUAGCAGUGGUAGUGGUCUUCAUAGUAGUAGGAAUAGCGUCGGUGAACAACAACAACAACAGCAACAACAACAAAUGGAAGAUGCUCUACCCAGUCCGAAUAACAGUAACUUGAAAAGAAUGACCUUUGAAAGAGCUCCUAAAGAAGUAGUAGAACUAUUUGAACGCCUAGCACCGUAUAUGAAUGGACAAUACCAUAUAGAAGAAAUUAUCUAUCGUGAGGGAAUUUCCAGGAGACAAUUAGGCUUAGUUCUUAAAUAUUACAAAGACAAGAUAGUGACAGUCUAUCAUUAUUAA